AUGUUUGACGGCACGAAAGGGUGUUCUUCCAUCGACUACGCGGGCUCACUCGUGACGGUCUGUGGAACCGACAGUUAUCAAUCCAUCUGCGUCGACGACAACAACGGAAACGUCAAAUGCGACAUGACUAUGGGAAGCACAUUCUCCAUCGAUGGUGAUCUUCCUCACUUUUUCUUAUCCUAUGGCACCAUUGCGUGGCUCAGCAACGUCAUCGGAUUCUACACUUGGUUCUGCAUCAUGUCCGGCAAUGCCCCCAUCAAUCCAAAACGGAAGCUCAAGCACAAGACACUUGUCUGUCUUGGGGGAUUCGCGUAUGCCAUUUUCUUGGUGGCUGUUGUGGCUAUCAAAGUCCCUAAGAUGAAAAACCGAAACCUCAGGCUCAUUGCGAUCGGACACGUCGUUGCUACUGUCAUCAUACAGGGGGCCGUUCUUUGUAUGAUGAAGAGCAACGCCAUGGACGAUAGGGAGAAGAACGCGAAGAAGGGCGAAGGUCAGAUUGUUGAAGGGAAUCCCGGCACAACUAUAGCAACCGAUGCUCAGUACAAUGCUUCUCCUCGUCCCUCCACGGAGUCCGUACGGUCGACCACCUCAACGAGUACAGCUGUAUCAACGUCAGAAAAGACCGGGUUCUUGGAACGUUUCACCAGCAAAAUCCCUGGAGCGCAGAAAACCGAAGAAGUUUCCGCAACUGAAAGUACCGGCGCAGAAACUCCAAAAAAGGAGGAAACUGUGGCACAGGGACUUGCCAGUAUGUUCAUGGGUCUGGCAGUCUUGUCCCCCGGCCACCAGAUAAUGUUAUGGGGCGCCAUACGCCUUGCGAAGUGCAUCUUUGUAGACCGAGGGAACAACGACACAAGACAACAGCGCGAAACGAGAGACAGCCUCAUUCUCUUCGGUAUUGUCUAUGGGCUGAUCCUCGUCAUCAACAUCGCCGGCAUCCUCAACUAUUUCUCCCACGAUGCUGCGAAGUCUCGAGACGAAGAGAGCGUCAACAGCGAGGAAAGAGAAAAGAGGCGCGCCGCAGAAGCAAAAAAAGUGAGGGAAACAGCAUUCUUUGCUGUUGGGCCUGGUGACUUUGAUUCUGUCUAA